AUGACUCAAACAGAGACCCCUGCCCACAGUUCUGUCCUCCACCGAGAUACACGCUUCAUCCCCAAGAAAGCGAUUGGUGGUAAAGGCAGCUACAUCUUCCUUGAGGAUGGGACCAAGUUUCUCGAUUCUACUGGCGGUGCUGCCGUAUCUUGCUUAGGCCAUGGUCAUGAGGGGGUUAUUAAGGCUAUCACAGACCAGCUCAAUGAGCUCGCAUAUUGCCACUCCGCCUUCUUCGGAACUAAUGCUUCAGAGGAAUUAGCCAAGCUGCUUUGUGAGUCAACGGGGGGCAAGAUGACCAAGCUCUUCGUAGCCAGUUCCGGCUCCGAGGCCGUCGAAGCAGCACUCAAGCUCUCCCGCCAGUAUUUCCUGGAAGUAUCCCCACCCCAGCCACAACGAACGAAAUUCAUUGCUCGUCUGCCGUCUUAUCACGGCGUCACGCUCGGUGCCCUAGCCGCAGGAGGCUACGUCCUGCGCCGAAAGCCCUUCGAACCCCUCCUCGCAAAGCAUACCUCGCACGUCUCGCCAUGCUACCCCUACCGGCACAAGACGGAGGGCGAAUCAGACGCAGAGUACGUGGCGCGCCUGGCCGAGGAGCUCGACGCAGAAUUCCAGCGCGUUGGACCAGAGACAGUCUGCGCAUUUAUCGCAGAGCCUGUUGUCGGCGGGUCCCUCGGUGCCGUCCCCGCCGUCCCCGGCUACUUCCCAGCCAUGAAAGCCGUCUGCGAGAAGUACGGCGCGCUCUUCGUCCUCGACGAAGUCAUGAGCGGCAUGGGCCGCUGCGGCACCCUACACGCUUGGGAAGAUGAGGGCGUGGUUCCCGAUCUCCAGACCAUCGGCAAGGGUCUCGGGGCUGGGUACGCGCCCGUGUCCGGACUGCUCAUCAGCGAGAAGGUCGUCGAGGCAAUGGACAAGGGCACGGGUGUUUUCCGGCAUGGGCAGACAUACCAGGGCCAUCCGGUCGCGUGCGCAGCCGCACUCGCCGUGCAGAAGAUCAUCAAGGAGGAAAACUUGCUUGAGAAUGUCCGAGCCAUGGGCGCGUACCUCGAGAAGCAGCUCCGAGCACGCGUGGAGUCGCAUCCGAAUGUGGGCAAUGUUCGAGGGAAGGGGUUGUUUUGGGGGGUCGAAUUCGUCAAGGACAAAGCCACCAAGGAGCCCUUCCCUACUUCCUCUGCUGUGGCUUUCCACGUCCAAGAGACUGGACUGAAGCCGGAGUAUGGGGUUUCCUUGUAUGCGGCGACUGGGUGCGUGGAUGGCGUCCUUGGUGACCAUAUCCUCAUCGCACCUCCUUACAAUGUGACCAAGGAGGAGAUCGACAUCAUCGUAGAGACGGCUGGUAAGGUGAUUGAAGAGGUCUUUGCGAGGAUGGGGAGUGUUUAG